UUUGUGUGAUCAGGUGAGAUUUGCUUCAACCUGAUUGUAUCGCAAGGAGAUCUAGCUCAUCACGAUCCUUACGAGGAGCUUACGUGUCUGGAGUGUGAUAAUAAGAAGUUUUGCUCUCAGUAGAUGUUCUGUUUUGGUGAUUUUAGUCUAGGGGUUGUGAUUUUCGUUUAAACCUAUCAUGGAUGAAGCUUCGUGCAGCACGAAUGCACUGCCUCCUUUUCUUGCAAAGACAUAUGAAAUGGUGGAUGAUCCAUCCUGUGAUGCAAUUGUCUCCUGGAGUUCGAAUAAUAAAAGCUUCAUUGUGUGGAAUCCUCCAGAUUUUGCAAGGGAUUUGUUGCCUAGAUACUUCAAGCACAAUAAUUUUUCCAGCUUUAUCAGACAGCUAAACACUUAUGGAUUCAGGAAAAUUGACCCUGAAAAAUGGGAAUUUGCAAAUGAAGGUAAUUUCAUUAGAGGUCAGCCACACCUUUUGAAGAAUAUCCAUAGACGUAAACCUGUUCACAGUCAUUCUGCACAGAAUCUUCAUGGUCUGUCAUCUCCAUUAACUGAAUCAGAAAGACACGGAUACAAGGAAGAUAUUCAAAAGCUGAUGCAUGAGAAUGGAUCACUUCACUUGAAUCUACAAAGACAUAAGCAGGACCACCAAGGACUUGAAUUGCAAAUGCAGGUUUUAACUGAACGUGUUCAACAUGCAGAACAUCGUCAGAAGACCAUGCUCUCUGCUUUAGCUCAAACCUUAGAUAAACCAGUAAUGGAUUUGAGUCACAUGCCACAACUUCAAGUGAAUGACAGAAAAAGAAGGUUCCCAGGAAAUAGCUGCCUUUAUAAUGAAAGUGACCUGGAGGAUACGCGAGGGAUAUCAUCUAGGGCUUUGAGUAGGGAAAAUAUGAACCCGUCCUCUCUUUUGAUAAUGAACACAGAACUGUUAGAUCAAUUGGAGUCUUCUUUGACUUUUUGGGAGGAUGUGCUACAAGAUGUUGAUCAAGCUGGGAUACGACAGAAUUGUUCACUGGAGUUGGAUGAAUCUACAAGUUGUGCAGAUAGUCCUGCUAUAUCUUACACACAACUAAAUGUUGAUGUUGGGCCUAAGACUUCUGGAAUUGACAUGAAUUCUGAGCCUAAUGCAAACACUACUCCUGAGAUUGCUGAACCAGAAGACAAAGCAGCUGUAGCAGAGACGGCCACUAAUGUCCCGACAGGGGUUAAUGAUUUAUUUUGGGAACAGUUCCUAACUGAGAAUCCUGGUUCAGUUGAUGCUCCCGAAGUACAGUCGGAAAGGAAAGAUAUUGGCAGUAAAAAGAAUGAAAGCAAACCAGUUGACAGUGGAAAAUAUUGGUGGAACAUGAAGAGUGUAAAUAGCCUGGCAGAACAGAUGGGGCAUCUUACUCCAGCAGAGAAAACUUAGUUUGGUAGGUUAUAUCACAUAAUCACAAUGCUUUAUUCAUGUUGUUAGCCUUCUGGCUUGUUGUAUAUCUAGUGUACUAGUUUUUUUUUUUUAAUCAGGGAUUAGAUGUACGUGUUGAUGUAUAAAUUGAUUUUGUUCUUGCUGUGCAUUGCAUGAUAUGAGGGAAAUUGAGCUUCUGAAAAUUCUUUGGCAUAAGUUCCUUGUUUUAUGCUGGUUUGUUCUUAUUAGCCUUGCUCGUUGUAC